GGGGAACGUAAACAGGAAGUCUGAGUGCCUGAGAGAGAGAAGCGCUUUUUUAUUCCUGAUUAUUUUUAUUAUUCUCAGAUAAAUGACGAGUUUUUAGAGCUCUGACUGAAUCAGGAGACGACAUGUCGGGGAGUUUUUAUUUUGUGAUGGUGGGACAUCAUGAUAAUCCGGUGUAUGAGAUGGAAUUUCUGCCUCCUGGGAAAACCGAAUCAAAAGAUGAUCAUCGACACCUGAACCAGUUUAUAGCACAUGCUGCUCUGGACCUGGUGGAUGAGAACAUGUGGCUCUCCAACAACAUGUACCUGAAAACUGUAGAUAAAUUUAAUGAGUGGUUUGUCUCUGCCUUCGUCACCGCUGCUCAUGUAAGAUUCAUCAUGCUCCACGACGUUCGGCAAGAAGAUGGCAUCAAAAACUUCUUUAAUGAUGUUUACGAUUUAUACAUCAAAUUUGCGAUGAAUCCUUUUUAUGAAGUGAACACUCCCAUUCGCUCCACAGCUUUCGAUCGGAAAGUUCAGUUUCUGGGGAAGAAGCACCUGAUCAGCUAAACGGUUCCAUCCUUACAAGUUUCAUACAUUUAUAAUGUAGCAGAAUUUCAUUUAAAAGAAUCAGUUCAUUACAGGAAACAUUUUAUUCUAAAUAAACACAUUCAAAAAACAUCUAUAAUUAAUUAAAUAAACUUUUCACUGUUAAAACAUGAAACCCCUUUUCUCUCUUUUCCUGUUACAUUUUAAACACUGAAAAAAUGUAUUAAAACAUAAAUGUAGUUUAUUAUUUGAACAUAAAUUUAUUAACACAAUUUAAUUGUACAAUUCAAAUGUUUUUUUUAUUGUAUCAUUUAAUGGUUAAAAAGAACAUUAAAAUAAUGCAGCAAAAAUCAAUAAAACAGUGUUAGAAAUGAAA